UAUACGGAGCGCUUAGGACAUUAUUUUGAAGCCAAUGGCAUUGGCGAGGAGACCGCGAGUGACAAGGCAAAACGGCGGGCGUGCGAUCUUGUCGAGAGUGUGUGAAAGCAAGAUUAAUAAGUCAAUGUGUGAUCUUCUAGCACCAGCAAAACCGGGAGAAAAGUCUUACCAAGAGCUAGUUAAGCUUAUUCAGAAUCAUCUGGCUCCAACAUCGUCGGAAAUCGUUCAAAGGUUAAAGUUAAACAACCGAUUUCGCAACGAAGGAGAUUCGGUAGCACUUUUGUGGUAGCCUGUUUACAGACCGCCCCUGCCCUCAUAAAAAAAUCGGGGAGAGGGGAGGGGGGCGUCUGUACACAGGCUAAUUUUGUGGCGGCGCUGAGGAAUUUGGCCGAACAUUGUGAGUAUAGGGAUACACUUAACACGAUGCUAAGGGACAGGAUUGUGUAUGGAAUUCGGGAUGAAAAGAUUCAGUGACCACUUCUUGUAGAAAAGGAUUUGACAUUUCAGAAGGCGCAUGAAAUUGCAACCUCGAUGGAAAUUACUUCACGAAAUAUGGCAGUGCUUCAGGAAACCAUGGAAUCAGAGACAGCAACAAGGUCACGGUACAAGCGCAAGGGGCUGACAGACGACUCAUGCGGUACAAAGCUCCUUGUGUUAGGUGCCGAAGAAAUCAUAGUACACAAACGUGCAGGUGUAAGGAACUGAACUGUUUUUAUUGCAAGCAAAAAGGUUAUAUUGCGGAUGAAUGUCCAAAUUGCAACAGAAGUCAGUCAAGGGGUGAGAAGCAAAGUUUUGAGCCGAUCAGAAGGGAUAUCCUUGUCAGCAGAGGUCAGGUAACUUACUGUAAAUAACCUGAUAAACUCCCACUUCUAAAUAAACGCCUCAUAUUUAAUAAACGCCUCCUUUACGCUGUUAAAAUUGUAUUAGACGCCCCUCUCUAAUAACGCCCCCUGUCUAAUAGACGCCACUCUGAAAAUUACUCCGAAAUACUACGGAUAAGCAAAAAGGAGCAAAGUCAUUCAAAUCUUUCAGUUUCUUGCUUGAUUAACAAAGCUUCGCUUAUUUCAUCUUGCUUAAUUGUCAAGUUCAAAGUAAGGAUAGACUAACGAGGGCAACACAGUAACCCUGAGCGAGGAUUCUGAUAUCGAUGUUGGGAUUUGAAAGGGCAAUAAGGAUCUCUAGACGGCUUAAACGUAUCAAUUGAUAAAUUUUGAUGAAGUGGAUAUUCCGGCUAUUUUUGAACUCACUUGAUAUUUUGCCGAAAACAUAUUUGCUUUGUUGAGCUUUAUUACAGUUAUGAGAAUAAACGCAUCUCUCUUUUAAACGCUUCCUGUCUAUUAAACGCCCCCGCUGUCAUGUAUUCGGUUUAUUGCGAAUCAAAGCACACGGUACAAACGCGCGCAUGCAUGCUCACAAUGUCAACCGCUGGCUCAAUACACUACAACUCCUCCCCCUUAAGCCAGUCUCUUACCCUACAACUUACUGAACACAACAUGUUACUCUUAACAAUAAAGUCUGAACCCUAAGAAAAAGCAAGUUCAAAGUUCAAAGGUCCAUCCGAGCUGGGGGCUUUCGCUCUCUGGUAAGGUAUCGUCUAAUAGGAACAGGUUCAAUCUGGCUCGACGGGCUGCGGACUAAAAAUUCAGCCGCUGGUUUGGACGGCUGACAAUCUGUUUCUCUUAGGACAACUUCUGUCUGCUCGGACGGCUCAGCUACAAGGUCACCAUGGUUCUCGACUGGGGGAGGAAACGGUAAGGGCUGGAUAACUGGCGUGUAGCUGUCUACAACAGGGACAUAUAAUCUUCGAUUUGGUCUACGUGUCGACGCCAAAAUAAAUUAGGUUCAAUCUCUAUUUCAUUAGACAGUACCCACUAUGACUUUCCAUUGUAAUUUCGUGCUAUUACUCUCUGGCCGAUGGAAAAAUUCUGCGUUACAGAAUCACCCCUGGCAACAGUCUGGUGUAUCUGACGGUUGCUCCUCUGGACGCUGAGAUCUGGUCAAUAGGCCAGUCGAGUGCGUAGUCUUCUUUCAAAGAACAACUGGGAUAGUGGCUCUCCAGUGGUUGAGUGGGGAGUGUUCCUAUGCGCCAGCAAAAAUCUUCCCAACUUAAGGUUCAUGGAUUUCACUUCGGUUUCGCUCUUCAUCGCAUUUUUGAAACUUCCGACAACGCAUUCUGCCAGUCCGUUGGUGGCAGGUUGGUAAGGGCCUGAAGUUAUGUGUUUGAUUCCGUUUUUCGUAAGGAAUUGCUGAAACACUUCUGAUGUGAAUUGAGACCCGUUAUCGCUUACUAGCUGGGCUGUUAUUCCAUACCUGGCAACUAAUUUCUGUAGAGUUUCAAUGGUCGUCUCUAAGGUUGUAGUAUUCAUCCUCUCUAUCUCUAGCCAUCUUGAAUGAGCAUCCACUACCACCAAGAACAUGCUGUUCAUGUAAGGAAUCGCGAAAGCAAUAUGAAUUCGUUGCCAGGGUGAUGAAGGUCACUCCCAUGGAUGUACUGGCACUGUACUGGGUACUCUCUGUGUUGGUUGCCAACCUAAGCAGGACUUAAUAUUCAUUUCAAUUUCCUUGUCGAUUCCAGGGCCACCAGAUAUAACUUCGGAUUAGGGCCUUCAUCUUCAUGACUCCCGUAUGUCUCUGAUGAAGUUCCUCGAGAACUUGAGGGUGCAACUUCGGAGGUAUUAUGACUCUUAUUCUCCACAUCAGACAGGCUGAUUGUAAUGUGAUCUCAUCUUUACGAACAAUAUAGGGGUUGAGUGCAGGAUCAAGGUUGUGCGGCCAUCCUUUACUGGACAUUUCAAACACCUGAGCCAAAACAGGAUCUCACUCUGCGUUUCUCGCCUCACGUUUUCCACUGUUACUGACAGUGGAUCAAACUGCAUCAAACUGAAUACUCCCACAGGGUCGACAAUUUCUUUAUCUCUGGUUUCCCUUACGAGUGGUAGGCGGGAAAGACCAGCGGCAUUACUGUGGACCUUAGCGUUUUUGUAUUCAGCGGUGUAAUCAACGCCCGCCAGGAACAAGGCAUAACGUUGCAGUCGAGCUGCAGUGACCACAAGGAUGCUUUUCCGCGUAUGAAAGAUUGACGUUAACGGCUGAUGAUCUGUGUACAAGUUGGACGAGCGGCCAAACAAAUACAUAUGAAACUUCUUUUUUCCCCAGAUUAUUGACAAGGCUUCUUUGUCAAUCUGUGAAUACCUUUGCUCCGUUUUGGUAAAUGUCCUUAAAGCAAAGGCUAUAGGUCGCUCGGUACCGUCCCUCAUCACGUGGGACAGGACUGCCUCAAUGUCUACAAGGGAUGCAUCACAAGCAAGCCUUAGCGGCAGGCUGGGAUCAUAAUCUGUUAGCACUUUCUCUGAAAAGAUCAUUCCUUUUACUUUGCGGAAUGCUGCCUCCAACUGUUCUGUCCAUUUCCAGGGGAGAUUCCUCUCCAAAAGUUGGGUCAUGGGAUGUACUGCUGUCGACGGGCUAGGCAAGAACCUGUGGUAGUAAUUGAUUAACCCGAAGAAAGAUCUCACUUCAGCUACGUCGUUUGGACGUGGUGCUUUCAAUACCGCUUCUUCUUUCUCUGCUGCCCUGUGUAAGCCAUCCUUUCAAUGUCAUGUCCACAAUAAGUUAUCUUCUCAACAUUUUGCCUUGAUUGCUCUCAACCCAUGAAGCUGAAGUCGUCGCCGGACUUCUUCUAAGUUAGCCAGGUGUUCUUCAUCAUCCUUGCCAGUGAUUAUCAAAUCGUUAAGGAUAUAGCCUGGCCAGAUGUUCCUUUCAGCAGUUGAUCAAUGGUGCGCUGUCAGACAGCAGUUGCUGAUAUGAUGCCGAACAUCAGUCUGUUGUACUGAAACAGACCCAUGUGCGUGUUGAUAGUGAGGUAUUUCAUUGACUCUCCCUACAUCUCUAGUUUGUGGUAUGCCUGACGAAGGUCAAUCUUUGAGAAUUUCUGCCCGCCAGCAAGCUUUGCAAAGAUAUCUUCAAUGCGGGGUAAGGGAUACUGCUCAGCUUGUAGUUCUGGGUUCACCGUACAUUUGUAAUCAUCACAGAUCCUGUCAGAUCCAUCUUUCUUUGGGACAGGUACAAUGGGCGUUGCCCAAUCACUUUACACAACUCUCGUGAGAAUACCCUCACCUUUUGAAGUCUUCUCAGUUCUUCUUCAACCUUAGGUCUCAAGGCACAAGGCAAAUCACGAGCUUUACAGAAAUGAGCUUGGCUAUCUUAUUUGAGGGUUAGUUUUGCCUUAGCCGAUUUGAAUGUUCCAAGUUUAUCUUCAAAAACAUCGAGUAUUUGUCUAGCAUGGACUGCAGACGCUCUCUAGCAAUCGGUGGGGCUUGUGAAACUUCCAGUGAUUUAAUACUGUACCAAUCGAGGAGUAUCUUUUGGAGCCAAUCCCUUUCCACCAAAACAGGGCCCUUAUUCUUAACCACAUAAAGAUCCAACAGUUAAGUUGGCUGAUUUUUGUACUCGACAUUUGCCUAAAGCACUCCGACUAGAAAAAUGUUUUUCGCGUGUAGGUCUUCAACGUGAGUUCAGUUGUAUUCAAGGGUUUGUCGUUAAAUUUCUCACGUACAAAUCAUGUGAAAACAGCCCAACCCGUGUCCGGUUUCAUUUUCAGCGGUUUCCCUUCUGCUUUCAGAUCGACCCAGAUUACAUUACUGCUCGGUUUGCACACAUUCUGUAGCUCUGUGCUUCCUAAAACAUCUUUAAACUCAUCGCUUUCACUGUACUCAACAGGGUGGACUUCAGUGUUCGGCGGUGUUUUGGGUGGUUGCUUUGGCUUACCAUGUUGUUUCGAGCAACUAACUCUUGAAAUAUAGCCCACCUUUCCACAAUGAUAACAUGUCUGGUCCUUGAAUCUGCAACUGUGGGUGGCGUGCGAGUCUCCUCCGCAUCAAUAACAAACUUUAGGUGUGGGGUUCGGCAGCGGCGAUAACGGUGGCGGUGGUUUUCUGUUAUCUGAGAUCUUGUCAACGCGAGGUUCUUCGUGCAGCUCACUUUGCAUUUCCGGAGCAUCACGAAUGCCAAUUUCUAUUGCUACGGCUAUCGCCAAAGCUUUGAUAUUUAAGUUUUGCUUCUGAAAGCGAAACGUUUAUAUCUGGUCAUUUUGAAGGCCUUAGACCAAUGUAUCUCGUAAAGCUUCUCUAAGGUUCGCGCCAAAGUUGCAGUGAGUCGCUAGUUUCUUCAGGUCUGCUACGUAGGCCAACAUGGUUUCUCCUGGUUGAUUUCCGUUAUAAAAACGAAAGCGUUCUGCUAUUUCCAAUGGUUUAGGACUUAAGAGUUGCUAAAGGGUCGUGAUGACCUCCUGGAAGCUCUUCGUGGCUGGUUUAUCUGGUGAGAGAAGAUCCCUCAACAAUGUGUACGUUUUUCUCCCGAUCAAGCUUAAUUAGGUUGGCACUUAGCGGUCCUCUUAGAUGUUGUUUUCUAAGAAAAAACUGUUCCACCCGUUCCACAUAAGUUUCCAGUUUCUCUUGUCAUAUUUUCGACGUUUUUCUUACUAUCCCAUCCUCGCCGCCACUGUCACGUUUUCGGUUUAUUGCAAAUCAAAGCACAUGGUACAAACGCGCGCAUAAGUGCGCAUGCUCACAAUGUCAACCGCUUGCUCAAUACACUACACCUGCUUGGACCCCUAAAAUGAAAUAGACGCCCCGGGCGUUUAUUAGGUCAUUUACGGUACGCCAGUGAGAAGAUGUCGCUGAUUGUUAUGAUGACGAUACUGGGGAGGAGGGAGAUGUGUAUGGCCAACUGUUUUGUGUGGGGUCGAGUAGAGGCCGUAACCCUUAUAUGGUGACAGUGCUAUUGAAUGGAGUGAAUGUUACUGUGGAAAUUGAUAUCGGGGCAUCAACAACUGUUGUUCAUGAGAAAACGUUCCAUAAUUUGGCCCAGUCAGAGAGAGCGUUGAAACUGAAUGUUGCGAACAUUGUUUUGCGUACCUAUACCGGGGAGGUUAUUCCUGUAGUGGAGGAAUGUGAGUUGGAUGUAGAAUACAAUAGGUUUAAAGGUAGUUUACCAGUAGUCGUAAGUAGCGGAGAGGGUGAUCGUAACUGGCUCCAGUAUAUUUCCCUAAACUGGAGUCAGAUUUUUCAUUUAACCACCAUGGAUAGGGACUUAAAUGAGAUGUUGGAGACACACUCAUCUACCGUCCAAGAGAAUCUCGACGAAAAAGAAGGAGUGAAGGUGAAAAUUUUUGUUGAACCUACCGAGAGGCCCCGACAUUUUAAGGCGAGACCUGUAGCCUAUGCCCUACGUGAAAAGAACGAAAACGAAUAUGGAUCGACUUGUCCAUGA